UCACAAGCACCGACAAGAUGGCCGGGAGUCCGGGAGGAAAGUGAGAGAGAGGAAACAAAACAGUGGCGGUUUGUCUUUGCUGCAGAUGUCAGACUUUUAGGAGCACCGGUGUCGAAACUGGUGCAAAGGCAACGGCUGGGUUUUCGGUUUAUUUCCGUCUUUUUUCGGUGGGUGACAUUUGCGCUAUGCAGUCAAAACUGUAUCUGUUUGUUAGGUUGUCUGCGUCGGCUAGUUAGCUAGGCAGCUAAACAUGUUAGCUAGCUGACAACACAUUGUUAACGAGAGAAAAACGCUUUCAGAAAGUGACAGCGAGUUUAUUAAUAAUUAUUUAGUUGUUUUGGUGUUACUCGUGUCUUAGAAGUAAAAUCGUUGGCGUUCCUAUUUGGUAAAGGUGAUUUGUCGCACUUGUUUGCGAUCUCACAUCGCCUGGUUCUUGUUUUUGAGUUAGCAUUAGCAAAGGUCUUUUAGCUUGCUUAGCUGUUUUGGUUUACUUGGAUUGUUCCGACGCAGUGGAGGACGCUUUUCUUUUUUGGUUUUAAAUAACCCCUCUGUACUUAAGUACAACAAAUUUUUGUUAAGCCUGGGCAAGCCGUGGAGACAGUUUUGUAAACAUUAGCACAAACGGACUAAACAUAAGGACAUCUCAACAUCAUCCAUUCAGCAUCUUCAUCAUCAUGGCACACUCUCCUGUUCAGGGGAACCUGCCCGGGAUGCAGAAUGCCAAAAUGGACCCGGAGGAACUGUUCACAAAGUUGGAACGUAUCGGCAAGGGUUCGUUUGGUGAAGUAUUCAAAGGCAUCGACAAUCGCACCCAGAAGGUAGUGGCUAUAAAGAUCAUAGACCUGGAGGAAGCGGAGGAUGAGAUUGAAGACAUUCAGCAGGAGAUCACAGUGCUGAGCCAGUGUGACAGCCCCUUUGUCACCAAGUACUACGGCUCUUACCUGAAGGACACAAAGUUAUGGAUUAUUAUGGAGUAUUUAGGUGGCGGCUCCGCUUUAGAUUUGAUGGAGCCUGGAGCUCUCGAUGAAACUCAAAUUGCCACAAUCCUGAGAGAGAUCCUGAAGGGCCUGGAGUAUCUGCACUCUGAGAAGAAAAUCCACAGGGAUAUCAAAGCUGCCAACGUGCUGCUUUCCGAACAAGGAGAAGUAAAGCUGGCAGACUUUGGUGUGGCCGGCCAGCUCACAGACACACAGAUCAAACGCAACACUUUUGUCGGCACGCCCUUCUGGAUGGCCCCCGAGGUUAUCAAACAGUCAGCUUACGAUUCUAAGGCUGAUAUCUGGUCUCUGGGCAUCACAGCCAUUGAGCUGGCGAAAGGUGAACCUCCCCAUUCAGAGCUCCAUCCCAUGAAGGUUUUAUUCCUCAUCCCAAAGAACAACCCGCCCACGCUGGAAGGCAAUUACAGCAAACCACUAAAGGAGUUUGUUGAAGCCUGCCUCAAUAAAGAGCCCAGUUUUAGACCAACUGCAAAAGAGCUGCUGAAGCAUAAACUCAUUGUUCGCCAUGCUAAAAAGACUUCCUACCUGACAGAACUAGUGGACAAAUACAAGAGAUGGAAGGCAGAGCAGUCCAGAACUACAGAGUCCAGUUCAGACGAGUCUGAUUCAGAGCAGGAUGGCCAGGCGUCGGGCGGGAAUGACUUUGGCAAUGAUGACUGGAUCUUCACCAUUCGGGAGAAGGACCCCAAGAAGCUACAGAAUGGGGAGGGACAGUCAGGUGUAACAGAUCAGACAAAAGACAUUCCAAAGAGGCCUUAUUCACAGAGCCUGGCCACCGUCAUCUCCCCUGCAUUAGCUGAGCUGAAGGCGAGACAGGAGCAGGUGAAUGGGAACCCUUUAGUCCUGGAUGAACUGAGGGAGGCCAUCCUGCUGGCUGAGGAGGCUUAUCCCAGCAUCUCUGAUUCCCUGGUGACUCACAUGGUCCACAGGCUCCAGAGUUUCGCCACAAGCCGGACGGCUUCCUCCUCCCCAUAGCAUCAGCACUCUGCUUCAGCACCAAUAUCCCAGGCUUCCUCUUCCCCAAAGCCUCCACCAGGUCAGAGUCGAGCCAUUCACAACCAGCUGACCACAUUUGACCAUCUGUAGGGAAGG